AUGGCCAUGGGGCUGCACACCGUCAUUUUGCUCUGUGGUGUUGUGGCAGGAGCUUCAGGGAGAUCCUUGGAGAGUUUAAGUUACAGAGCUUCCUGUUUUGCAGACUGUGUAGGACACAGUGCAUCGUACUCCCCCAAAAGAGCUAGGUACAGCUACAAGUAUUCAGCAGUCACAAACACAUUCCUGCAGGGAAGUAUUUACAAAAGCAGUGGCAUCUCUCUGGAGAGCACAGUGAUCAUUGAGGUACUGGGGAAUUGCCAGAUGGUUUUGAAAGUGCAAGAUGUACAGAUUAAGAAAAGUUUUGCAUCCAGAGAGGAGCCUCUGAAGGAAAUGGACAGUCUAAGGAAAAUACUAGAACAGCAUCCUCUUCGUUUUUCUUUCCAUGAUGGGAAAGUUCUGAAGCUCUGUCCUGUGAGGAGUGAACAGACCUGGGCACUGAACAUAAAGCGAGGCAUUCUCAGUGUCCUGCAGACGUCACAAGCAUCCACUGCUAGUGCAGUCAUUGAAGAGGUGGAUGUUCUGGGAAUAUGCCCAACCAGGUAUCAGCGAAAAGGUCCUAUUCUUGUCAAGACAAGGGACUUAAACCUCUGCUCUCAUCGGUAUUCUGGUUUUACUUCUGUGCAGUCUGUUGUUCUACCUCAUACGUCGUCUGAGCAGCAGAUCCUGUCCUCCAAACUGGAAUGUGUUCAGAGUGUUAAGGCUGGAGUCCUGGCAGAGGCCAAAUGUACUGAGUCCAAUGUUGUUACAGUGUUCUCUCAGAAGGGCAGCGGGGCAAAGACGCAGACACAGUGUUUGCUGAAACUCCUUCAAGUGGAAACAGAGACACUGUACAAAAAAGUGGACUCCGAGGAUCUGUAUGUGACCAGCAUGCUCUAUGAAAGGGAAGAAACUGAGAGGGAAGUCACUGGAGGAGAACUGACUGAACUAGUGUGGAAACUUUGCUUAGCACAUAGUGUGAGUUUUGAGACUGCAGAUCUUUUCAUGACUCUCGUGUUUGAGCUUCGACGUCUUUCUCUUGAGGCCUUAAAAGCGCUAUGGCAAAGAUCUUCAUUUAAAUGCAGAGACAACUGGCAGCCUCUAAUAGAGGCUCUCCCAUCUUGUGCUACAGAGGCAUGUGUUGUCCUAAUGAAAGAAAUUAUAGCGUCCGGAGAAGUUGAAGAAGACAAAGUGGAAUACUUCUUCUGGUCAUUUUCAUUCAUUCCUAAACCCACCUCAGGCAUGAUCGAAUCUCUUGCUCCUUUGCUGAAAUCACCAGGAGCAAGCCAGAGCUGCUUCUUAGGAGUAACUGCUCUCUUACAUAGGUUUUGUUCAGCUUACAGUUCCUGUGAUGGUGUACCUGCUGUGCAGAGUGUGAUGAGGACUCUUGGGACAUUUUUGGGAGGAAAUUGUACCGUGCAAAAUUCAGAACAACUCAUUGAGAUGCAACUGGUGUUAAAAGCCAUUGGAAAUGCGGGACUGGCAGCAGCUUCGCUAGCUCCUGUUCUGAGCUUGUGUGCUUCCCUGAAAAGUAAUCCGAUUGAAAUUCGUCUAGCUGCUAUCCAGGCCUUCAGGCGCAUUCCCUGUUCUGUCAGGAAUGCUAUAUUAGUUCAGCUGUAUCAAGCAACCAGCGAAGAUGUGGAAAUAAGGAUUGCUGCUUAUUAUAUUGCAAUGAAAUGUCCGCAUGAAGAGUUAUUUAAACAAGUACAGAAGACUUUGCUGAAAGAAACAUCUAGUCAAGUGGGCUCCUUUGUUUGGAGUCACCUCUCUCAGCUCCUGGAGACGGAUGAUCCAUUGAAGGAGCACCUUCGAGAUUCUAUUCCUGAUGAAAUCCUUAGCAGAGAUUUUGACCGGGAGACAUGGAAAUACUCAUCAUAUUCCGAUGUCACGUUCCACUCAGCUGGUGCAGGUGCAAAUAUGGAAGCAUCAGUGGUCUUUUCUCCUGCAUCUUUUCUACCACGAUCAGUCAUGACAAAUUUGACUGUUCACCUUAUGGGGCAGGCUAUAAAUCUACUGGAGGUUGAUGUACGAUUAGAGAAUGCUGAGGCUCUCAUGCAGAAGAUUUUUGGGCAGAAGUCUGCUACUUUCAGUGACUAUUUUUUUGCAAACACUAAUGAAAGAAACCACAAGUCAGAAAACCCCGUGGAAACAACAGGAAAAGUCAACCAGAGGAAGCUGACUUUGAAGCGAUACAGCCCCACUGAUUAUCUUGUGACCAAGUCUGGCAAGCCAAAGUUGAGAAAAGCUAACCAGAAUUGUCCUAGAAGAAAGUACAGUAAGAUGAGUGAGUUAGUAAAAAAGUUCACUGAGAGAAUGGAGAGAAAGGAGGUGUUGAAAUGUGAGCUAAGCAUGAAGAUCUUUGGAAAUGAACUUAGCUUCUUGGAUUGUGAAGAUUUAAGAAAACAAAUGAAACAUUAUUCUUUAAAUCUGGCUGAGUUGGCUGUCAAACUUCUGAAGGGGCAAGAAGUCCAGUUUAAUAAAAGGCUGAGUUUGGCCACUGAAGAAUUGCAGUUUCCAGCAAUUUCAGGCGUGCCUGUUCAGCUGGCAGUCAAUGCCUCAGCAGCAAUCAACAUAAAAAUCAAAGGGAAUGCGGAUUUCAAAGAACAAUCAAAUUUCUUUCUAAAUGGAUAUGUCAAGCCAAGUGCGUUUGUCCAGCUUUCUGUCCAAAUGGGAACUGUGGGGACUCUGGGACAAGCUGGCCUAAGCUGGUUAACAGGAAUGAGGACAUCUACUAGUCUUGAUGGGGGAAUCCAGGUAAAAAAAGGGCAAGAGCUCAAAGUUUUCUUGAACACUCCAGAAGAAUCUAUGGAGAUAAUUAAUUUCAGCUCUAAACUCUACUUCACAGUGGUGGAUGAGGUGGAAGAUACAGACGUUUUCCAAGACCAUACAGAAACCAGAUCUUGCACUGGGGAGGGAGUGUCUGAGAUUUUUGGCUGGCAGCUGUGUUCUGAAAUGUCAUAUCCUGACCCAGCCAGUGGUUUGGUUUUCCCCCUUACGGGACCUCUGAGAGUGGCUGUCACAUUAACUAAGCAAGACAGAGGCCUGCAGCAGUACAUUAUAGAAGCUGCAUGUAACUAUAUUCCUCAGGAGAACUCAUGGAUCCCAAAUGAAGCUGUCCUUCACUUCUUCAUUGGGACUCCAAAGUCAGACUUGAAAAGGGAUGUUGGUGUUGACCUAAAUUUUAGUGUCCCACAGAAGAAAUUCAGAAUCCGAUUUAUACAACCUAAGAAAAAAAUUGAGAUUCAUGGGAGAAUUGAGUUUUCUAAAAAUUCACGAAUUGGACACCUGGAGCUGAUAGUAGAUGACCGAGAUGUAUAUUACAUUAAGGGAAUGACAGAUUUGCAGAUGCUGAAUAGAGAGCAGAGAUACAUGACCCAGCUGGAGGUAAAGCUGAUAAAGCAAAGCAGUCCUAUCAUUCUGUCAGGAAACAUCACUAAACAGCUUGGCAAGAAGAUAGCUUUUUCAGUAUCCCUGAAUAAUUUAUUGAAGGAUGCUGCAUUUCUUUCAGUGUUUCUGGAGAAAAAGGUUGAUGAUAAGCUGAGACAAUAUUCAUUGGAAGGGGAGACUCACCUUCCAGGUGUUCUUGGAGUUCACGUCAUCAGUCUUCUCCAGCAGCAUGAGGGCUUGUGGUCUCACAGUUUGAGGAUAAAAUAUGGACUCCUAGGAGAGGCAAAAAAUCUUCAUCAUGAAUGCAGUAUGCAGCAAAAGAUUAAAGCAGAGACAGGUGCACAUGGCAUGUACAAACUUGAUAUUGGGCAUGAAUUUCACUGUAUGUGGACUCCGACCUAUAAUCACAAGGUUCACCUGAAACAUGAUGCGAGUGCAUCUUGGCUUUCCUCCCAGAUAGAAGUGAACUAUGGGAAACACUGGGAUGAAAUAAACAACAAGAAGAAACUGCUGAUCAGCCAAGCAUUUAAGAACAGUUCCAGUUCAUCUCUAGUCAACUAUUUCAUGGAGUUUACCAUGCAAGUCCUGGAAAAACAGGUGAAUUAUAGAACCCAGCUGCAGCACUCGCACAACUCUCAGGUUUAUUUGCAGAGCAGCACCAACUUUGAGGUGCAGUAUAAUGACCACAUGCCAUUUGUGGCUGGGCUGCAGUGGAAAGAUGCAUCCAGAAAUGGCCUGAAGAAGUGGGAAGGUGAAGUACCACAAACCGUUUCCAGUCUGUGA